AAUCUUAAAGUGGGAAUCUGGCGAUGGAUUAUCUCCAUUCCACUCACAGCAACUUCAACUGCUGCAAUCAUUGCUUUUCCACUACUUUUUCUUUUCUCUUUUCUAUGGAUCUCAAGAAGAAACACAAACUCGAAGAAAACAGCACCAGAAGCUGGUGGAGCAUGGCCUAUUAUUGGUCAUCUCCGCCUCUUAGGAGGAUCACAACCACCUCACAUAAGCUUGGCUAACAUGGCUGACAAAUAUGGAAGAAUCUUCAGUAUCAAGUUGGGUGUGCAUAGAGCUUUGGUGGUGAGCAAUUGGGAGAUUGCUAAAGAAUGUCUCACCAUAAAUGAUAAAGCAUUCGCCUCUCGUCCAAUGCUUGCAUGCUCGGAAAUUAUGGGUUACAACGGUGCCAUGAUUGGCUUUGUGCCAUAUGGACCUUAUUGGCGUCAAGUGCGUAAGAUUGUCACUAUUGAGCUCCUCUCAAAUCACCGACUUGAAUUGCUUAAACCUGUGAUGGAAUCCGAGAUAAAGACAUCUCUGCAACAGUUAUACCAGCUGUGGAACAAGAAGAAAAGUACUAACUCCGAUAAAGUAUUGGUGGAGAUGAAGGGCUGGUUCAAAGAAGUUACUCUGAAUGUUAUUAUGAGGAUGAUUGUAGGGAAGCGACUUCCAAAUUCCAGUGAAGGAGGUGAAAACUUGAAAUGGAAGAAAUAUUUGGAUGACUUCUUUGAACUGAGUGGAAAGUUCCUAAUAUCAGAUGCGUUGCCGUUUUUAAGAUGGUUGAACAUAGGUGGAGACAUGAAGUGCAUGAAGAAGACAGCGAAAGAAUUGGACCAAGUUGUGCAGGGAUGGCUACGAGAGCACAAGCAGAAGAGAGCUGAAAAUAAGGCAAAUAGCGAGGAAGAUUUCAUGGGAGUGAUGCUGUCUAUUCUUAGUGAUGCGGAGGAACUCCAUGUUGAUACAAGCAAUAAAGCCAUCAGUCUCGCUAUCAUCAUAGCGGCGGAGGAUACAACGUCAGUUACUCUGACAUGGGCUUUGUCUCUGUUACUCAAUAAUCGUGACACAUUAAGUAAGGUCCAACAAGAGCUAGAUGUUAAGGUUGGUAAGGAUAGGUUGGUAGUGACGGAAUCAGACACCAAAAGCUUAGUGUACCUUCAAUCCAUUAUUAAGGAAACGCUACGCUUAUACCCUGCUCUUCCACUAUCCCUGAUCCAUGAAGCCAUUGAAGACUGCACAGUUAAUGGAUAUCAUGUUUCAGCUGGCACUUGGCUUAUUAUAAAUCUUCAUAAGAUUCAUCGUGAUCCACUUGUAUGGGCAAAUCCCUCUAAAUUUCAACCUGAAAGAUUUAUGACCACACAUAAAGAUGUUGAUGUGAGGGGACAAAAUCUUGAACUGAUUCCAUUUGGAAGUGGUAGAAGAAUGUGUCCCGGACUUUCAUUUGCACUUCAGAAUUUGUCACUUAUACUAGCUAAUGUGUUACAUUGGUUUGAGUUUGAGACCUCGUUCGAUGAAGCCGUUGAUAUGCGUGAAGCACCUGGCCUGACGAGUUCUAAAGCAACUCCAUUAGAAGUUCAUAUAACUCCUCGUAAUCCUACUUAUGUUUACCAAUUAUUAUAAGAAUUAACUUUUUAGUAUUAUUACUAUUUAUAUCUUUUUUGUGGAUAUCAAAAUGGUUAGUAUAUUGCUUAUUUAUCGAACUAUUAUUAUAUACACGAUCAAAAAUAAAUAU